CACCACCUUCCUUUGAAAGCUCACAUACGAAAUACGAACCCUUCAACAAACAACCAACCCCUUUCCCCUCAUGCCACCGAAACGCACCACGUGGCAUUACUCCCUCUUCGCGUCCUGUUUCCGGGCCUCAACCCGCCGGCGCACGACCCGACCCGAAAAGUCAGCGGUCAGAAGACUGUCGUUCUCUGACGUCAGCUCGCCGGAGGACCUGUCGCUGUCGCUAAUGGGCUGUGAUCUCCUCGCGUUUACGCUGGGUGAGCUGGAGAUGGCCACUAACGGGUUCUCAGAUGCGAACUUUUUGGGCGAGGGAGGGUUUGGACCCGUUUAUAAAGGGGUUGUGGAUGAGAAGGUGAGAGUUGGGCUUGAGGCCCGGCCCGUCGCAGUGAAGCUGCUGGAUUUGGAUGGCGCUCAAGGGCACAAGGAGUGGCUGGCUGAAGUAAUCUUUCUCGGGCAAUUGAAGCACCCCCACCUCGUGAAACUCAUCGGCUACUGCUACAAGCAUGAACACCGGCUGCUUGUGUAUGAGUUCAUGGCUAAGGGCUGCUUGGAGAAUCAUCUAUUCAAGAAAAUUGCUUCAUUGGCAUGGUCCACGAGACUGAAGAUUGCAUUAGGAGCAGCCAAAGGCCUUGAGUUUCUCCAUCAGACCGAGCAACCUGUGAUCUACAGAGAUUUUAAAGCUUCUAACAUUUUACUAGACUCGGACUACAACGCGAAGCUCUCAGACUUCGGGCUCGCAAAGGAUGGGCCCAAAGGCGACAAGUCCCAUGUCUCAACCCGUGUUAUGGGCACCGAAGGCUAUGCUGCACCUGAAUACAUCAUGACAGGUUAUAUAUCACAUAAAAUCUUCUGUCAAUUUCAAAAUUUUCUCUCUUUCUCUCAAGGCCAUCUCACGGCAAAGAGCGAUGUAUACAGUUUCGGUGUAGUCCUAUUGGAAUUACUGACUGGGCGACGAUCAGUAGAUACGAGUAGACCAAGCAGAGAGCAGAAUCUUGUCGAUUGGGCUAGACCAUACAUAACUGAUGCAAGAAAAAUAGCUCGUAUCAUAGACCCAACGUUAGGAGAUCAGUACUCUAUGACAGGAGCCUUAAAAGCAGCAGCAAUUGCUAACCAAUGCCUUAGCCAAAAUGCUAAGUCACGGCCUCAAAUGUCAGCUGUGGUCGAGGCCUUGGAGCCUCUACUUGGGCUCAACGAUGAGGCUGCGACGUUUGUUUACGACGUUGGUGAGAAUGUCGAGACCAAGGAGAAUGGGGAGUUUAAACAUGGACGAAGAAGGAAGUUGCGUAGAAGAGCUUUGGCUGAAGUAAUCUUUCUCGGGCAAUUGAAGCACCCCCACCUCGUGAAACUCAUCGGCUACUGCUACAAGCAUGAACACCGGCUGCUUGUGUAUGAGUUCAUGGCUAAGGGCUGCUUGGAGAAUCAUCUAUUCAAGAAAAUUGCUUCAUUGGCAUGGUCCACGAGACUGAAGAUUGCAUUAGGAGCAGCCAAAGGCCUUGAGUUUCUCCAUCAGACCGAGCAACCUGUGAUCUACAGAGAUUUUAAAGCUUCUAACAUUUUACUAGACUCGGACUACAACGCGAAGCUCUCAGACUUCGGGCUCGCAAAGGAUGGGCCCAAAGGCGACAAGUCCCAUGUCUCAACCCGUGUUAUGGGCACCGAAGGCUAUGCUGCACCUGAAUACAUCAUGACAGGCCAUCUCACGGCAAAGAGCGAUGUAUACAGUUUCGGUGUAGUCCUAUUGGAAUUACUGACUGGGCGACGAUCAGUAGAUACGAGUAGACCAAGCAGAGAGCAGAAUCUUGUCGAUUGGGCUAGACCAUACAUAACUGAUGCAAGAAAAAUAGCUCGUAUCAUAGACCCAACGUUAGGAGAUCAGUACUCUAUGACAGGAGCCUUAAAAGCAGCAGCAAUUGCUAACCAAUGCCUUAGCCAAAAUGCUAAGUCACGGCCUCAAAUGUCAGCUGUGGUCGAGGCCUUGGAGCCUCUACUUGGGCUCAACGAUGAGGCUGCGACGUUUGUUUACGACGUUGGUGAGAAUGUCGAGACCAAGGAGAAUGGGGAGUUUAAACAUGGACGAAGAAGGAAGUUGCGUAGAAGAGCUUUGGUACCGAAGGGACUGAAGCGUAAAUAAAGAUUUUGGGUCAUUCUUUUUUUUUUGGUGAUUAAAUUUGUAUUUUAUUAGUAUGUAAAGAUGUAUGUGUUAAAAGUGUGUUAAAGUUUGAUAAAUUCAAAAAGUGCGAUUUGUGUUUCGAUGUGCAAUUUAUGUAGA